AUGGCUCUCAUUUUCUUUCACUUGUUUCUGCGUACAAGGCAGCACCUUGUUGAACUGGCGCCCAAGUCCGUCUUUAUCCCACGCGGCUAUACACUAGAAGAGCUGAGCGAGUACGAUGGAGUCAAGAAGCCUCUAGCUUUUGUCAGCGUGCGGGGAGUUAUUUACAGCUGCUCCAUGGAGAUGUACGGCGUCAAUGCACCAUACAAUGCCUUUGCAGGCCGUGACAGCUCGCGGCAUUUGGGAAAGGUGAAGGUAGGGCGGGAGGAGUCCAACGCGGACUGGACGACGCUCUCGGACGCUCACCUCGCCGCACUGAAAGACUGGGAUGAACUUCUGCGCAGCAAAUACGUGGCGGUGGGGUGGAUCAUCCCUUCCAAGGACUUUAUCAAACGAGCGGAGGCGUUUGAGCCCUAA